UGGUCUGAUGAAACGAAAACGGGAACAAUAAAAUGGCAAAAAAGGCGAUUUGGGCUGGAACCGGAAGCGCUUCUGAAUCUCACUGAAACCCUAGAGAGAGGGCUUUGAGUGAUGGCUCUUCGCCGUGCUUCAUCCAGCUUCUUCAAUAAGCUCAACCUCCAUCUCAAUCUAAUCCGCCACUCUCUCUACAACAACGUUGCUCGUCGCAGUCUCUCCUCCGAUGUGGUUGGAACUCCUCCUUUGCAUGAUAGCAUGAUGAACCAGAUGUUCCAUCUUGACAUAAACUCACAAAUUGGGAGUUGCAUGCCACUUGCUGCCAUGCGUAUUGGAACAAUGAUCCAUAACAUUGAGAUGAACCCGGGUCAAGGUGGCAAGCUAGUUCGAGCUGCAGGUACUUCUGCAAAGAUCUUGAAAGAGCCAACGUCCAAGUAUUGUUUAGUGAGACUGCCUUCAGGUGCUGAGAAGUUGAUCAAUUCUCGGUGUCGGGCCACAAUUGGUCAGGUGUCAAACCCAGGUCACGGAGCUCGGAAGCUCAGGAAAGCUGGGCAGAGCCGAUGGCUGGGUAUAAGACCAAAAGUUCGGGGAGUGGCCAUGAAUCCAGUAGAUCAUCCACACGGUGGAGGUGAGGGUAAGAGCAAGAGUAGUGGGAGUCAUGGGAAGUGUUCUCGUACUCCUUGGGGGAAGCCUUCCAAGUCUGGGUACAAAACUGGACCCCUGAAGCGCAGAAAGUAGGCUGCGUCUAUUAAUUUCUUUUGUUUUGUUGCUCUACUCUGAAAUCUAGUUUUGUUUCGUUUUGCCCUUGGGGAUUUUUUAGAUUGCGUUUGAAGUAGGGUUUUUCUGUGGAUUAAGUUGCUUUUUUUGUUCUUUUUCAAUUUUGUUUCUGUCAGAUAAAUGCUACUGCGCUGCCAUAAAAGUUUGAAAUCA